CCCGCGCAUCUGCAGAUGCGAGUCCGGCUUCUCCGCCCCCCCGGCCCAGCCCAGCCCUAGCCCGGCCCAGCCCAGCGAGAGUUGCGGAGGCGGUGGCCGGCCAGCCUGCCUCACUUCUGCUUCUGCCAGCCGUCGCUCCAGGCUGCUCUCUCCCCGGACUCGGUCUGCCAAGAUGCCCUCCCAGCUGGAACACGCCAUGGAGACCGUCAUGCUCACCUUCCACAGAAUUGCCGGCGACAAGAACUACCUAACCAAGGACGACCUCCGGGUGCUGAUGGAAAAAGAGGUCCCGGGGUACAUGGAGAACCAGAAGGAUCCCAUGGCCAUCGACCGGAUCAUGAAGAACCUGGAGGAUUGCCGGGAUGGCAAAAUCAGCUUCGAAGGCUAUCUGUCCCUCUUUGCUGGGUUGACCAAUGGCUGCAAUGAGUAUUACGUCAAGAAAAUGAAGCCAACGGGGAAGAAGUUCUGAACCGGGCAGACUCCGUAGCUCUUCCCAAGCACUGACGGUGCGUUUUGGCCCCUGGAGAGCUUCAACGGUGCCCGUUGCACCCUCGCCCGCCUGCUUCCCCGUCCAAAGCCAGUCCAUUCUGCUUAGAAGCGGCACACGUUGUCCCAGGCCUAACCACUCGAGCUGACAACGUCCAGGAGAAACUAACCCUUAAUCAAAUUGUGAAAAACACACAAAGGCUACCUGGUGUCCACCAGGAAAUAUGCUUUGGUUUGCCCUUAUGCUGUGUCCUAGGCUCAAAAAUAAAUCUCUUUUUUUUUGUAUUG